ACCAUAUACGUCAUUCACUGGAAACAACCCAGGCAGGCGUCCUAGGAGUUCGAGCUAGCAAGAGAUUUUUUAACAAGGUUUUGUGUGAUGGCAGCGCGCGUUGUGGCGGAAUGAUAAAAUAGGAUGGGAGGCUGCAUAGGCAUAACAAGGGCUAGGAACGGCUCUGUUGACGACACGUCGGGCAACUCUACGAGGACAAAUUCAGGUAAUUCAAGAAAAAACCAUCCACUUUGUCACGAAGUGAUCAGAUGGAAGUCGGACGUUCCUUUGACCGAGGGUCAACUCAGAAGCAAGAGAGAUGAAUUUUGGGAUACCGCGCCAGCUUUUGACGGGCGCAAAGAAAUAUGGGACGCCUUAAGGGCUGGCGCGACCGCGGCUGAGGCCCAAGACUAUCAGUUGGCACAGGCCAUUUUGGACGGAGCUAAUGUCUCGGUGCCUAAUGGAUAUUUAACUGAGUGUUACGAUGAAUUGGGAACUAGAUAUCAGGUUCCGAUUUACUGCUUGUCAUAUCCAAUAAAUAUUGUUAAAGAAGACAGCGGUAGAGAUUCGCCAGCUGACUGUUCUGAGCCCGUCGACGGAGGCACAGAAAUGACUUUGAAACUUAGGCUGUCUACAACCCUAGGAGAUGUUAAAUUACCCGUUUAUAGUAAAGACACGAUAGGAGCUGCCAAGAAAAAGUUGCAGAGUCAAGAAGGUCUGGAACCAUCGAGGCAAAGGUGGUUUUUUGGCGGAAAACUACUUGGAGACAAAAUGCACAUAGAAGAAGCUAAGAUUCAACAAAGUUACGUAAUACAAGUAAUUGUAAAUCCGGAAAAAAUUGACACAAGCCCUACAAAAACUAGUUGAACUCAACAAAUUGUAUAUGGAAGUUAAGUGACGCUAACUUUUACUGCAAAAAAGAUCUUUAAAGGAUAUUCCUUAACACAGACUACUAAAGUUCAACGUGUCUAUUCAGUGAUGAUUUCUGUACUACUCUUAUCAUUUCCUUAUGUUUUUAUAUUAUUUUUCGAUUAGCGUACGGUGCCACAGUUGGUAACAUUCCAGGUUUUUUAUAAGGAAGUUUCUACUACCUUUACAAUCAAAAAUCAGAAUAGAAAAUAAACAUCUUUGUAGAAUGCAAAAAUGUCAUAUGUAUAAUAAUGAGAUAUGCCUACAUGCUUGGAUAAUUUUGAAAUUUUACGCGCAGGUCAGGGGACUAUUUAGAUUGAACUAGAAACAGUAUAGCGUAAACUUGUACUGUUUGGUAACUGAAUUGUUUAGUUCUGCGACAUAAUUAUGUGCUUGAUGAUAAUCGAGUUUGUAGAUCGACUGAAAUGUAACCAAGUAUUUCACCAGUACAGAACACAUUUAAGCAGGCUGUGUUUACUUUUUAUGGCAGAGCUUUGGAAUUUUUUCUUAACAUUUUAUUCUUCAAGUAUUGAAUCGAUAUAGUGAUAUAAAAUAGUAUCUCAUUUCCAGCUCAAAUCACCACAACAAACUUUAUCUUUGAUACCAUGGCCUAGUGAGAAUUCUAGUUAAGACUUGGUCAAAAGACUUACGUUUAAAAAUAGACCGUUUGCUCCUUCUUACAAGCAUAUUAAUGUAUAUUAUUGUACUAUUUUUUAAACUAAAUUCGAAGGCACAGAGUGAAAGUUUUUUGAGAAUCGCACAAUGAAUGUGAGGAAACGUUUUUAUGUUGCUGAAUUAGUAUUGAGGUAGAAAUCGAACUAGUCGACAAAGUUUUGAUACACGCGUGAAUGUAUGUAUAUUUUUGUUCAAGUAGUAAAGUACUUCUGAUCAAAAGAUUUUGAAGCGCAUACACACACGUCACACGUUUGCCAUAAAGAUCUUUGCACACAUUAACCAGGUGAAUAGCGAGCUAGAAGCCUAAUUUUUCACUUGCAAUUUUUUAAAACCCUUUAAAUUUAGCUACAUGGUGUCUCAGUCAAAACGUCACGGCUGGAAAUUUUUGGAAAAGACCAGCUUUAAUGCUGACUUAGUUGAAGCAAAUACUCUGUCCAUCUCUCUGUAAACGAAUGAAGCUAGACAAUGUUGGACAGGACUCGAUGCUUCAAUUUCUUUGUUUUCAGUCGUUAUUCAGCCUGAUUUCGUUUCUUCUUUCGCAACUUACAUCCCGAAUACACCAAUAUAGAGUAAUGACGCUUUUCCUGAUCGAUGAUUUCGCGACGAUCAAUUCAACUAAUAUACAUAUACAUAAUAUGACCAUCCUUCACAAACUGGGCGUUUAUAUAAUAUAUUUAGGCGUAUGUAUUUUAAUUUAUAAAUUACCAGCAACAACUAUAUAUUAUAUUAUUAUAUAAAUACGGUAAUUAGAAGACAGUUUAAUAUAACUCAGUUUGCGAAAGAUUUUUCAAUACCUAAUUAACUACGACUAUAAUAUAUGCGUGUACAUAUUUCAUAUUUUAUGCAUUUCCUUAAUGUAACUACCUGCCAGUUUAAAUUAUUUUGGUAUCGAACGAGGUAUUUACCAAGAUUAAAAUUUGGUAAUAUGCAAAGUAUUGUGGUUUGUCUGGCUUCUUGGGUCAGUAUCGCCAAGUAUCAAUAUCAUUUUCAAAUAGAGUAGACAAAUUGUAUGAAAAACAUUUAAGUGAAAGAGAAACGCACUCUUUCAACUUCUACAAAUCUCGUAUAGUGGUGAAAAUUAUGCAUAAUAUUGGACAUUUUACUUGACAAGGUCUUUGUAAAGUAAUGACUUCAUUGCUGAUCCAACAUUACAAAUCUAACUGAACGAUUACGCAAGAAAUUUUUGACUAGCAAUCAACAAAGAGCGUUGUAAAUCUUGAAAAUUUUUAGUGCCUCGAAUUACCCUGCAGACAAUAGAAGAAUAGACUU